UUCUCAUUUCCUUCUCGGGCGCCAUUUUGUAGCGCAGCGAACCAGCGAAUAAAGAGCGGGCGGGAAGCGGAAUGUGGCGGCGGCGGUGAUGGUGACCGUUUCAGGGCGGUGGUUCUAGUUUGAUUGAUGCGACAGGAGAGACCUUCCUUGGAAAUACCUGGAGUGCUCUGGACACGACGCCUUUGCGGCGCCGCCAUCAUCGGCGGGAGAGUUCACAAUGACUAAUGAAGAACCACUUCCAAAGAAGGCCCGUCUCAAUGAAACAGACUUCAAGGUUCUACCUAGAGAAGAAUUGAUCUUAAGAUGGAAGCAGUAUGAAGCAUACGUGCAAGCUCUUGAGGGCAAAUACACUGAUCUAAACUCCAAUGAUGUUACUGGAUUGAGAGAAUCCGAAGAAAAACUGAAGCAGCAACAACAAGAAUCUGCUCGAAGGGAAAAUAUCUUGGUGAUGCGACUAGCAACUAAAGAACAAGAAAUGCAAGAGUGUACUAAUCAGAUACAGUACCUCAAGCAAGUCCAGCAACCAAGUGUUGCUCAACUGAGAUCAACAAUGGUGGACCCAGCCAUCAACUUGUUUUUCCUAAAAAUGAAAGGUGAACUGGAACAGACUAAAGACAAACUGGAACAAGCCCAAAAUGAACUGAGUGCCUGGAAAUUUACACCUGAUAGCCAAACAGGCAAAAAGUUAAUGGCGAAGUGUCGAAUGCUUAUCCAGGAGAAUCAAGAGCUUGGAAGGCAACUGUCCCAAGGACGUAUUGCACAACUUGAGGCAGAGUUGGCUUUACAGAAGAAAUAUAGUGAGGAGCUUAAAAGCAGUCAGGAUGAACUGAAUGAUUUCAUCAUCCAGCUUGAUGAGGAAGUAGAAGGUAUGCAGAGUACCAUUCUAGUUCUACAGCAGCAGUUGAAAGAGACUCGCCAACAACUGGUUCAGUAUCAGCAGCAGCAGUUACAAGUUUCAACUCCAGGUACCAGCCGGACUCCAUCUUGUGAAAUUACAGAUCAGGGAGAAACCAUGAGCAAAGAUUGCAGCCGCCUGGCCAAUGGACCAAGUAAUGGCAGCUCUUCCCAUCAGAGGACAGCUGGGCCUGGUUUUUAUAGAGAAGGUAGUGGAACAGAGGAUGAUUUUCCACCCUCACCAAGCAAUGGUAAUAAGCUUUCCAACCACUCUGAAGAUAGAACUGGCAGAGGAUCUGGUAGUUAUAUAAAUCAACUCAGUACUGGGUACGAAAGUGUAGACUCUCCCACUGGUAGUGAAAAUUCUCUUACUCACCAUUCAAAUGAUACAGACUCUAAUCAUGAUCCACAAGAGGAGAAAACAGUCAGUGUGAAAGGUAACAGAACUUCGGGGUCUCGUCAUAUUCAGAAUGGUUUGGACUCCAACGUAAAUGUGCAGGGUUCGGUUUUGUAACCUUUUUCUGCAAAAAAAAAAUUUUUUUUAUAGUGUCACUUAAUUGGGAGGAGAAACUGUCCAGAACUGUUCAAAUUAGUGCAUAUAUGUCACAAUUCUGCCUUUGUGGUUUUCUGCUUCAAUACCUCUGCCACUUCUGAAAUUUUAACAAUUGAUUACGUUGAAUGUUGCUAAAAGGAUGUUUGUGUAAGCUCAAGGUAUAUUUUGAGUUAAUGUGAAGUUGAAAAUGGAAUUUUAUUUCCAGGUAUAACACAAUGAUGUCUGUACAAAUCUGUGUAUAUCUAGAACUUGUGCUGUGUAAGGGCAUUCUUUACUCAUACUGUUUAUAACACUCAAAACUUUGUCAUAAUAGUUGUGGGUUAAUGACUGCCAAGUUUGCCCAGUACAGUAGUUUUCUAAUUAAAAUAAACUUGGUGAGGGAGUCCUAUAGUAGUUUGUGUUCCACUUUUGCCACUAUGCAUCUGUGUGUUCUCUUUAGGUGACAGAAUGUUUAAGAAUUUUGUGUGCAUAGUUACUCAGUUUUAAGAACUGUUGUAUCCUGUUAAUGCAUAUUGCUCUGUGACUCCAAUAUUAUCUUACCUGUACUGACCAAACCCAAAUAAAA